AGCAGCGCCUGGGACGCCUCAAGAAACUUGGGCUCGCUAUGACAAGGAGUUCUCAUCCAGGUCCUCCACCUCCACCUCCACCUCCACCGCCCACCAUCGCUGCUCAACCUCCAGUGCCUUCGGAACCACGUUCGCAAGCACUCCUCAAUCGCCUGUCCUCAUUCCUUCGCACUCCUCCGAACACUGAUGAAGUAUCUGAAUUUCCACAACCCCCAAUGCUUUCGCGAUUACGUCCACAGGUACUCCUCGGUCACCUGUCCUCACUCUUGCCCCGCUCUCGAAUUCACACCGACGAAGUAAUCGAACCUCAGCAACGCCCAACGCCCUCGGGGUCACGUCCAGGUGCACUAAUUAGUAGCUUGUCCUCACGCUCUCCACCCAACGCCGAUGAAGGAGUCGAACUCCAGCAAUGGCCAAGGCAAAUCACCUCUCAUUGCAGUCCUCAUAUUGUCGAAGUCGCUGCACAACGAGACAAGAAGGCAUUGUAUGUUGCUCGCCGACCGAAAACAGCUAGUGAAAAUGCGAAACGCAUCAAGAAUCCCAAACCGUGGGUUCGUGUAGUCAUGUUUAUCUGCUGCGUCUCUCCUGGUACCGAUGACAGCCCUGGUACCGACGGGACUCCUCGCACCGCAUAAAUAACUUUGCGACUACCUCAUCAAUAAUGCACAUUAAUGGAGUAGCGCCUUUAGUGAUAGACCACAUGUACUAUCGAUUCAGAUGUUGUCCCCGGCCUGUCGAGUCCCACUGCUAGUACCAGAGUCAAUUUUGAAUUGGAUUCAAACCAGUUAACGCCGGUAUUACUAGCUAUAGAGCUUAUAAAGACUUAUGUACCAUGUAAUAACGCAGGUAAGAUCAAUGCCAAGUGAAAACCUAAAGUUUGAGGUUGAUGGGAGUG